UUAGGAAGAUGGCGGCUGCCCCGCUCUACUGUGUCUGCCGGCAGCCCUAUGAUUUUAACCGGUUUAUGAUCGAAUGCGACAUUUGUAAAGACUGGUUCCACGGCAGUUGUGUUCAGGUAGUGGAGCACCAUGCUGCUGAUAUCGAUGUUUAUCACUGUCCCAACUGUGAGCCCAUCCAUGGACCCUCCAUGAUGAAAAAGCGCAACAACUGGCACAGGCAUGACUACACGGAGCCAAACGAUGGCACACUCCCCGUGCAGGCAGGAACUGCUGUGUUUGUACAGCAACUCCAGGCCAGGAGCUUUGUCAGUGGCGAUGAGAUUCUGCUGCCGAUGGAUGGGAGCCAGGUGACCCAAUGCUACCUGGAGAGGGAGGGCUUCCAUUACCCCAUUGUGGUCCAUGAUCUGGAUGGACUGGGGCUUAAACUUCCCCCUCCCUCAUUCACUGUCAGCGAUGUGGAGCAUUACGUGGGUGCAAAUAAAGUCAUUGAUGUGAUUGAUGUCGCAAGACAGGCAGACAGCAAGCUCAAGCUGGGAGAGUUCGUGAAAUAUUACUACCAGCCUGAACGACCAAAAGUGUUAAAUCUUAUCAGCCUGGAGUUCUCUGAUACAAAGAUGUCCAAUUUGGUGGAGGUUCCUGAAAUUGCGCAGAAGAUGUCCUGGGUUGAGAACUACUGGCCUGAUGACUCGUUCUUCCCCAAACCAUUUGUGCAGAAGUAUUGUCUCAUGGGAAUGAAAAACAGUUACACAGACUUCCACAUCGAUUUUGGAGGAACUUCAGUGUGGUAUCAUGUUCUCUGGGGAGAGAAGAUUUUCUACUUGAUCAAGCCGACUAAGGCUAACCUUGCACUAUAUGAGUCCUGGAGCUCAUCACCCAGUCAGAGCGAAGUAUUCUUUGGGGAUAAAGUCGACAAGUGUUACAAAUGUGUGGUGAAGCAGGGAACUACCAUCUUCCUCCCCACUGGUUGGAUCCAUGCAGUGCUCACUUCUCAGGAUUCCAUGGCAUUUGGUGGGAACUUCUUGCAGAAUUUAAACAUAGGCAUGCAGCUCAGGUGUUAUGAGAUGGAGCGCAGACUGAAGACUCCAGAUCUCUUUAAGUUCCCCUACUUUGAGGCCAUCUGCUGGUAUGUGGCCAAAAACCUUCUGGAGACCCUUAAAGAGCUGCGGGAGGAUAAAUGUCAACCUCGGGGUUAUCUAGUGGACGGGGUGAAAGCUUUAAUCUCAUCACUGAAGACGUGGCUGAGGAGGGAGUUAACUCAACCCAACAGUGAGGUUCCAGACAAUAUCAGGCCAAGCAGUCUCAUUAAAGCUCUGACCACGGAGAUCCGCUACCUGGAGGAUGAAUCGAAUAAAGCUGAAAAAUCUCAGGGAAGUGCUGAGUGGCCUUUAACACACUCAUCACUGGAGAAAGGAUAUCAGGUACAGCGGGCCGCUCGGCGGCUACGAGACCAUCAUCAUCACAGCCAAAGACUGCCCUCUAACUUGGAUGUCUUGGAGCUUCACACACUGGAGGUAUUAAAGAGACUGGAGGUCGGGCCUCUUGAGGAGGACCCAGCCUUCAGCUCCAAAGUGAAUGGCAAGUUCAAGAAAGUGUCUUCGGUGUCUGCAGUAGCUGUUGAGGGUAGUCAUGACAACGCCCUGCGCCUGGUGCUAUGUAAUGGCAAAAUUAUGCGGGAGAGGUUAUCUAUCAGUAAUGUGGCAGCCAAAGAGAGUGGAGUGGAAAUGUUGCAGUAUCAUCAACACGGGAUCAAAUUUGAAAGCCUGCUGAUGUGCCCACAAGAAAAAGUGAAAAAAGAAAAGCGAGAGGAUGAAUUAAGAGUACACUGCACUAUCAAGAAACCAGUCAAUCACGGUCUAACUGUGCAGACAGAACUCAGGACAGAGUCGCCACAUGUAGAGUCUUCAGACAGUGACUCCGAGUCAGAAGCAGAAGAUUCUGCUGAGAAACGCUCGGAGUCAGAGAGUUCUGAGGAAGAGGAUGGAGGAAGCAAGCGAGACUCGGGGAGUUUUGUGGAGCAUCUGAGCGGCCGGCAACACGGCCACCAUAAGCAAGCGCUAAAACGAGAACGUCCUACCUCACCGAGCACAGCUGAUGCCAUUCAGGGCAUGCUGUCUAUGGCGGGGCUGCUGUGUCAGCAGGCAUCAGCAGGGGGCGAUAUUUUACAGCAGCACUGGUGGUCCAGUCAGGGUAACAGUAACAGUAACAGCAACAGCAGCAGUGACACGUGGGACAGCAGUGAACCCUAUUCGGCACCCCGCAGCCCAGAGGGAGAGGAUGGGAGUCUCGGAGAGGAAUAUUCAUAUAGCGAGAGCUCACUUUCUCCUCCCCUUCACCCCUCCAAAAGACACACCCCCAACCCCACACCCAUCAGCAACCAGGCCACUAAAGGAAAGCGUCCUAAGAAAGGACAGGCGACAACUAAACAGAGGCUUGGGAAGAUAUUGAAAAUGAGCCGCCAUAAAGGCUUAUUCCUGUAGCAUGAUGACGUGUAAUAAAUCAACACAGCUGCUUUUCUUUAUACGCUGGGACUAUUAUCACACACACACACACACACACACACAGUUCUCUUACUCACUGUGCAUGUUUAGGUGACAGGGUUUCACACAAAAUACAACACGUUAUCCAUCAGCGCAGGGAAAAACUGCUUUACUUUGGACAACAUUUCAACAUUAACAGCCAAAAGUUUCAAGAGGAAGCACAGAAACGGAUGGUCGGAGGUCCAGAGAGCAGCGUGUAGGAAAACGAGCCGCAAGUGUGUAUCACGGGCUGAGGCCUCUCCUCUCCCCCACCCUACCUCUUACCACAUCUGUAGCAUGAGUGUCCAGGCGCUCGCAGGCUAAGGACAUCUUCCUAGCCCUCUACAGCCCGACACUGGUCUUCGGAUUCCCCUCAAGUCAUUAUCAAUCUGCCUAUUUCUCUCUACUUUGAUUGUCUCAGGCUGAUGUGUGAGCUUUGGAAAUGGUGCUGAACAUUUAAAAAUCCUUCUCCAGUCCCCUCUGCCCCUUUUAGCAAUAAUUGUACAGCGGUGAGUGAUGUAUUGAUGAUUUAGUGGGCCGUACUUUUAGGAUGCACAGGAAGUCCUCUCAUAGUGGAAAGUAUUGGUCAUAACAGUACAGCCAUCAAAAGAAAUCAAAAAGUGGCAAAGAUAAAAAAAACUACAUGAUUUUCUUUGAUUUAACAGCGUUUAUACUACAUUUAUUC